UGAUGUUAAUGCUGAUGAAUCCUCCAUCAUGGUGUGAUGGUAGAGCCGCACAAAGUGCAGAAGGAAAUGUUCACAAAAGGAUAAAAGGCAACGCGAUAGAGUAGAUGCUGAAGAGAAGGAGGGAACAAUAGGACACUGCUGCGUCACUCCGACCCAGACAACAGUGCAAGUGUUUAUUUGUGACAGCUGAAUCCUUAAAUGAAAGGUCAUCUCAGAACAACAGAGUCAAUUGAGGAACAAGAUUAGGGGGAGAGGGAUUUGGUAGAGAGGAAAGGAGCUGAUGGGGGGAGGAAGGCGAAGACUGGGAGGAAGAGGACAGAAGUGAAGGAAAUGUAAAAACCAAAUGUGGCUGAAGAUGAGCAGAGAUGAAGUGGAGGGAGGGGGGGAGUCACAGGAAGUAAGGGAUGAGAUAAAGGCGGAGGACAGGUGUGAUCCUCCACAGCCCGGGUGUUUGUUUCGUCAAGAGUGGCAGCGGUAGAGCAGGGGAUUAUGGGAUUACGGUCGGUGUCAUUGGUCAUGUGAGGCGGCGUGGUCGACACUGACCCUGCUUACCUUCGCUCGCUAAGGAAGCUUAGCCUGGCUGUGAAGGUCACACCCCGGCGCACUCCUGCCCACGCAUCUUACCUUCAGCGCCUCCUCGUCUCUCUCCGGCUUCCUUCAUUUCAUUCCCAGCAUUCCCAUCCUCUCCCUGCACCUCGUUAUCACCUUUUUUUUUUUUUUUUUUACUACAUGGUCUCCCCUUCCUUCCUUGCUCCCAUCCUUUCUUUCUUCCUUUGCCUCAGUCUCGUUCUGGAUGUCAAGCUCCUUUUUAACACAAGUUAUACAUGCCCAGCUUAUCCAUGCCCUCGCAGAUCCACCAGGAUUCCUCGGUUUUUCUGUCUGGGAGAGGGACGAAUAAAACAGAAGACGGAAUUAAAGACGUUCGGACCAGGAGCAGAAACCCCGCAGGAGUCCAGACGCUGAGGUGUAAAUUCAAGAACAACGUCGGCCUCGGAACAUGAUCGACUGUGAGGGCCUGAAGGGGUGAGAGUCUGAGAGGUGGCAGCUCCAAUGGCGUGGACGGAGCCACGGUCGCAUCCACAACCAAAACGGACACUUUCCAACCUCAGGACUCGUGCGACUCUUUCAUCCGCCGCCCUCCUCUUGCUCGCUGCCUUCGCUGGCCUCUGCACAGCCGGUCCCCCCCAGCCCGCCCGGCCCCCUCUCCUUUCCGGACAGCCUUUCAUCAUCUUCUGGGGCAUCCCCGACUCCUCCUGCUCCGGUCGGCCCGAUCCCAGAUCUUUCGGGAUGGAACGCGAGGGCCGUGUCGCUGUCUUUUACGAAGACACGCUAGGGAACUACCCCUACUUUAUAGAUAAAGACACACCGGUCAAUGGGGGGCUACCACAGCACACACGCCUGGAAAGUCACCUCCAGAAGACACAGCAGGACUUGGAGGCAGCUCUACCCGCCCCACGGUACCUCGGGCUGGGCGUGCUGCGCUGGGCCGAGUGGGUUCCCCAGUGGUCCAGAAACCGAGACAGGAGAGCCAUGUAUGCGGAGGCAUCCAGAAACCUGCUGAGGACUUUCUUUCCUAGCUGGACCCCGGAGGAGGUGGAGAAGUGGUCACAGGUGGAUUUCGAGGCGGCAGCGCAGGCCGUCAUAACGGAGACUCUACGGGAGGUCAAACGGUUGAGGCCCAAAGCAUUGUGGGGCAUCUCUCCUUACCCUGACUGCUACAACGGCGACCCCGCCCAAACCACGCUAGCCAAUUACACCGGCCAGUGCCCUCCGGCGGAGACGGCCCUCAACGACGAGCUUGUCUGGCUCUGGAAGCGAAGCUCCGCCAUCUACCCUCUGCUCACCCUGGAGAAGCUGCAGAGUGGGACCUCUGGAGCCAGGCUUUACUUAUCCAAUCAAAUUAAAGAAGCGCUUCGAGUGUCGUCUCUGACCGGGACAGAGUUUGAUCUUCCCGUCUUCCCUCUGAUCAGGAGCGUCUACGCUUCAACUAACACUCUACUAUCCCAGGCCGAUCUGAUCAGCACCAUAGGAGAAAGUGCUGCCAUGGGAACAGCAGGCGUCGUCAUCUGGGAGAGAACUGAGACGAAGACGGAGAGGGAAUGCCAAGACCUGGCAGAGUUCGUCCGCCAGGUCCUGGGACCCUACUCCGUCAACGUAACCACGGCAACUCGACUCUGCUCAGCCUCCCUCUGCCAGGGAAAGGGCCGGUGCGUCCGGCAAAACCCAGAGAGUUCGGCCUACCUCCAUCUGCCACCUCCAUCCACAGCGGCGGCGGUGGAGAAGGAGACAGAAAAGGUGUUAAAAGCCACAGACCAGCCAGACGCAGACGCUAAAACCACCGAACCAGACCCGGCCGAGAUCUGGAAGAAAGACUUCCAGUGUCAGUGGUACAAGACUUCAGACGGAGACGUGUCCGACCAGCAGUCCCUCAAAGAUGGAACUCCUGAGGGGGGAACGGUGCCGGAAAACACAGGAGACGAAACAGCUUCUACGACGAAGCGUGGCACCGAGUUUAGCGGAAGUCGUCCCCCUGCGUCUGGAAGUCCAGCGCCUUCACUGGAAGUACCGACGGACGGCGGAGACGAUCCACGGAGCUGCACGAACUUGACUGUCUGGCUGAUGCUGGCGGCUGCACGCCUAUGCCUGGAACCUUAAAAACGUGACAUACGAGAGGUUCUGAAAGUGCCCUUGAGUAAGACGCCCGGUUUAUGAUCUACGAAGUACGAUAAACUACGUCCGGAGCAGGAAGUCGAAACCAAUCACUGGAUGUGCCAAGAGACAUUGCGACAAACGCUCAUCUGAAUUUAAACAUUUGAAGAGAGAAGUGACUAAUUCCAUUCGGACUGACUCAUAAUUAGUGACGAUAAACUCAUCACAAUCAGCCACGGUCAUCAAAAGAUUGUGAAACUGUAAGGAGGUACUUCUUUGCACUUUACCUGUUGUUAAAUGUUUGUUAUUUGUGAAUUAUUUCUUGAAUCUUGAGACCUCACAUACUCAGGUUUUCUUUUCUCGUUAACUAGAUGCAUCAGGUUCAACCGACCGUGAGGAGUUUAGAUUAUUCAGAGGAACUGGCCUUUACUGGAGUGACAACAGGGAUCUCUAACACAACUCAAUGUUAAGCUAUUUGAAUUCCGAACUCAAAUUAGUCUGCAAUAGAAUAUUUGUCUGGAUUUCAUUAUGGGCCGUGUUUUAACUUAUUAAAAAAUACCUCUUCAUCAAUCUGAGUAUAAUCAGCUCCCAACAGAGUGACUCCAGACUAACGUAGAACUAGACCUAACUGAGACUUUUUGUGUUGUUUGUCGAACCUUUAAUCUGCCUUAAAGAGCUGCUGGCCAUAACACAACCAAAUGUUGUGUUUUAGUUCUUAUUUGAACUUUAUUCAAAGGAAUAUCUGCUGAAGGGCAGCAUACACUUUUAUCUUUUCUUUCUGAGCUCUCUGGCUUCCUCUGCCUGACUUCUGGUGAAACUACAAGGACCUCUGUACGAAAACCUCACUCUGUAAAUAAUAAAACCACUGCUUCGUUCUCAGGAUCGUGGGUUUGCACACGCCGGCUCACCCUCACACUCUUAGUAGCACAUAGGGACACUUAAGGAAAUUCAGUAAACACAGUAAGUGUUUGGAGCAGCUUUGAAGGAUUUUUAGCUCAUUGCAUCAGAUCUGAGAUGUUUCCUCUCAUGAACUGAUGCUUCACGUCCUUCCACAACAUUUCUAUUGGAUUAAGGUCAGGACUAAACAUUCCUCAUGUUCUUCUCUAACUGUUCUUUAACCUCUUCUCUUUCUUGGACUCCACAGAUGUUCUGCUGUUUUUCUGUUGGUUUAUGUGUUGUUGUUUUGUUUUUUUUUUUUGUUGACACAUUGGACUUGAAAUAAAGAGA